GAAUGCGUGCAUUCCUAACUGUCGGCUCUACGUUCUUCAAUGAGCUCGUAGACGCAGUGCUCUCUCCGUCAGUCUUGCAGGCACUGUCCAAUAAGGGCUUCGAAAAGCUUGUCAUUCAGUGCGGUACAUAUCAAUUCAAGUCGAAGUCGAACAGCGGCAACAGUACUCAAGAACUCUGGAGUUGGUCUGAACACGGUGUCGAAAUCGAAGCAUGGCGAUAUAAACCAACUUUGAAAGAGGAGUAUGAAGUUGCGAAUCUAGUUAUAAGCCAUGCAGGCUCUGGAACUAUUCUCGACGUCCUGAGAUUGGGAAAACCCAUGAUUGUUGUACCCAACCCCUCUUUACUGGAUAAUCACCAAAGUGACCUUGCUUCUGAACUUGACAAGCUCGGACAUUUGAAAGCGAGUACUACUCAGACAUUAGCACAAGAUAUCGAGACCUUUGCGAUGAAUAGUUUAGUUCCGUUCCCACCCAUGGACCAGUCCAAGUUCCGUGAUAUUCUGGAUGAAGAGAUGGGCUUCCUAUGAAC